AUGCCCCCUCUCCCCUCCCGAGUCCCCCCUCCCCUCCCGACUGUCCAGCAGCAUCAGCGCACACGACGACGCGAGAAAAAUAUCCGGCGAAUCGUCGCUCGCAUCCCACACAUCUCUACCCGCCCACUGCUUUCUCUCAUCUCAUCCCACCAGUGA